UUUUUAACCACAGACUUCAGGCGAUUUUAGCAAAAACCCAUUCAAAAAACCCAUUGACUUUAGGGCGAGGGGACCGGAAGUGCUAAAAUGCUAACUCUAUGAUGCUAACUCCCUUCCGCGUUUUGGCCUACAAAGUGACGUCGUAACUUCGGCUUCUCUUCACACAGCUUCGUGCCCUUGCGCAGUUACUCAGUUACUUUCAACAAGUGUCCACUUCGAGGACGACCUUAGGGCGUAGUGUGGGUAUUGACCAUAGACUGUAAAAAAAUACAGGGCAUGUGUGUCUCACUCAAUACUUAUUACCCUCUGCUGGUUCUUCUCGCUUCUAGAUGGCGCCGUCGGACAACACAACUUCUUUAUAAACAUUUGCACGUGCUGCGAGUUACUCAACCUGGUUUUACUUAAGAAAGAAAGAAAGAAACGGACUUUUUGGAAAUAAAAAUACAAUAAUUUUACGGUAAUGUAAACACACUUUACGAAAUAUAACAAUACGGACAGCACAAAUUACACGAGCGCAAAAUGAACAGCCUUUGGAUGGGCAACCUGGAGUCCUACAUGGAUGAAGAGUUCAUUAUCAGAGCUUUUGCUCAUAUGGGAGAAACAGUGAUGGGAGUCAGGCUUAUCCGAGACAAAAUAACAGGGAAAAUGGCAGGAUAUGGCUUUGUGGAGCUGAGAGAUGACACUGCAGUAGAGAGAUGCCUCCGCAAAGUGAAUGGAAAACCUUUACCUGGUGCCACUCCUCCAAAGAGGUUCAAGUUGAGUCGGUCCACUUACGGGAAACAUGGUGAAAGCUGCUCUACGUUCUCCCUCUUCGUGUCGGAUCUCACCCCAGACGUGGAUGAUGGCAUGUUGUAUGAGUUCUUUAAUUUUCAUUUUUCAUCCUGCUGCAAUGGGAAGAUAGUUCUGGACAGCAAAGGAGACUCAAAGUGCUGUGGCUUUGUGAGCUUCGAGAGUGAGAGAGAGCAGAGACAGGCUCUGGCAGCACUCCAGGGUGCCUCUGGACUCGGGAAGAAGCAUAUACGCCUCAGUCUGGCUGCGAAUAAAUUGAAGAAGAAAGAGUCGUCUGAGAACAAAAAUGGGCAAUUCCAUGCUGGCAGCUAUAAUAUUCAUAACUCAUAUCUGAACCAGUACUAUUACCCAGGGUACCCCAGCUACUCGUCUACAUAUGACUGGAACUAUGAUUACAACGGCUUAAAUCCUCCCCAAAACAUCCUACAGGAUGAAGAGAUGGAGGAUGACCUAGAGUAUCCAGACUCUGGGAUAAAUGUGAUGGAGGAAAAUGAGCGAUUUAUGGACCAGAGUGAGGAACUUUACAGUGCUCUGAUUGGUUGUUUCUUCCAGCCUCCUGAAUCAUGGGACGGGGUCACCUGCAGUGUUGCCUGUUACCUUCCAGAACCAAUUUAUCAACAUGAGGAUAUGGACUGAGUAUAUAUACUCUUGGUUUUUCACUCGUCUACUGUUUGUUUAUAUUACAAAGAAUCCAAUGUUAAGGUAAAUGAGGACGAUUAGUUGGACAUUUAGUUGAUUUUUUUUUUUUUUUUUUUUUUUUUUAAGAAUGCAGCUUUUGCAGUACUGUAUGUGAUUUAAAAUGUCAUUGAAGAAGUGUAUAAAUGAAAUGAAUUCAGGUUUGUUUGUUUUGCCACGUUCUUUUGUUUGGAAGUGUAUAAUAAACAGUUAACACAAUAAAUAACUGAUAUAAGUUUUG